CUUCAGCAUCGGUCCUUCCAGUGAACACCCAGGACUGAUCUCCUUCAGGAUGGACUGGCUGGAUCUCCUUGCAGCCCAAGGGACUCUCAGGAGUCUCCUCUGGAGUCACUUCGUGAGGCAGUGGCGACGGUGGUGGCGAGAGGAUGAACAACAAGUCCGACGCAUUGAAAGAUGAUGACAGUGGGGACCAUGAUCAGAAUGAAGAAAACAGCACACAGAAAGAUGGUGAGAAGGGAAAAACGGAACGAGACAAGAGUCAGAGCGGCAGCAAGAGGAAGGCUGUCGUCCCUGGGCCGGCCGAGCACCCCCUGCAGUAUGACUACACUUUCUGGUACUCCAGGAGAACCCCUGGCCGUCCUACCAGCUCACAGAGCUAUGAACAGAAUAUCAAACAGAUUGGCACCUUUGCCUCUGUGGAGCAGUUCUGGAGGUUUUACAGCCACAUGGUGCGUCCCGGGGACCUGACAGGCCACAGCGACUUCCAUCUCUUCAAAGAAGGAAUUAAACCCAUGUGGGAGGAUGAUGCAAAUAAAAAUGGCGGAAAAUGGAUAAUUCGACUGCGGAAGGGCUUGGCAUCCCGCUGCUGGGAGAGUCUCAUCUUGGCUAUGCUGGGGGAACAGUUCAUGGUUGGGGAGGAGAUCUGCGCGGCUGUGGUCUCUGUCCGCUUUCAGGAGGACAUUAUCUCUAUAUAGAAUAAGACUGCCAGCGAUCAAGCCACCACGGCCCGCACACGGGAUACGCUUCGGCGAGUGCUUAACCUACCUCCCAACACCAUUAUGGAAUACAAAACCCACACCGACAGCAUCAAAAUGCCAGGCAGGCUGGGCUCCCAAAGGCUCCUUUUUCAAAACCUCUGGAAGCCGCGGUUGAAUGUGCCAUGACCCUCUCCCUCUCUGGAUGGCACCAUCAUUGAAGCCAGCAUCAUCGGAGUCUCUUGUUCUGUUGGUGUGCUACCUGGAAGAUCCUUCCGUCCCAGACAAGAGGAAUUGGAAGAGCAUUUUAUGUUUUAAGGACAGGCUGACAUGCAGCAGCUAUGACAACAGCUGAGAUCACUUAAU